CACACCCAAUCAUUGCCUCCAAAAGUUUUAACCCUAAACCCAUCUCCCCCUUCAGAUUAUUACUCUCCUCCAUCUCUUAUCCUCUCGAUCUCUCUCACUCACGGUGCUUCUCUUCGCCAGCGGCUCCCCUACGCCUCAGGCAACGAUCCUUCUUAAGGCAAGUCUGAUCUCUCCUCUCUCCCACACUGCAAACCCCCCUCACUUCCCAUAAAUCCCACUACCUAAUCAUAACUUGGACUGGUUGUUUAUACGGAUACACACAGAAACAGCACAAAGAGAAACAGUGAGAGAGCUAGAGAGAUAGAUUAGAUCUUCAUUUUGAAGGGCUUUUCAGGGAGACAUGGCUCCUCAGUCAUCAGGUUCUACGUACUAGAAUUUUUAUGGCAUGAGUUGAGUCGGAAAAAAUAAAUAAAGUUCGAAAUUCCACAUAGAACUGCUGGUGGCAACGAAAGAUAUCAAUGACCAUAGGAUACAACUAUUUCCAGAUUUGUCAAGCGUCUACUUGUACAUCGGAAGUGGGGGAACCAUAUCCAUCAAAGUUUCCCCGUUGCAAUGUAUACCUAAGCCUUUGAUUGAAACUGAACUUUCGAUUCCAAUUUAAUGGUAGGUUGCAGUGCAGAAGUAAUAGAAAGCCUCUUUCAAAUAGUAAAUGCUUCGCCAAUCAAUGAGCUGAUUGAUUUAAAGCAAAGGGCAAGAUCAAAAAAAUGGUGGGGAGCAUGAAUCUGUGUUGAUGUCAGUGCAUAUGCACAUGCAACGUCCUCAAGCAUCGAAACCCCCCAACAUACUGAUGGGAGGGCUAGAUUUAUUGGCCGAUGUACUCAAAAAUGAAUGGGACAAGCAACAAAAACAUUGGAAUGGUCCAUGGACGGCGGCUUUCCAAAGUGGGUUUAUGAUUCCAAAACUACGGAAAAACAAGCACGAUGAUUUUGAAACGAUCAUUCAAUUGACUAGGAAUCUCAUGUCACAUCACAACAACCAUGACUUUUACCUUUAUGGGAAACAAUGGAACUACAGAAAAGAUCUAUACAUCCAUUUUAUGAAUCGAACACACAAUCUACGUGUGGCUCUCUUUGACACUAUCCAGACAGUCCAAAAAAAGUUUGAGAGGGGGUUAUCAAGAUCAUGAAGCUCCUCUAGAAACUGAAGCAUUGGAGCAAGAAACUCAUGUUAGAUUUGAAGGAGUUUCAGAAACAGCUCUUGCCCUCGAAGAAAUGAUAGUUGGAGGGGAGGUAAAAGAAAAGAAGAAGAAUAUGCUCUACAACAUCACAGUGGAAUUGGAAAUUCCAGGUGUACCAAAAACCUCUCUCAAGACUAUGAUGUCAUGUCUGUUCAACCAGGAGACGAUGACUCAGAUGCAAUCUACUCAGUAUCAGAAGGAUUUGACGAUAUUGAACAAAUUGGUGGAGGCCUUGUGGAAUCAAUUUAUAUGCUGCGAGAAGCAGAUCAAUAUUAUUGGCUUGGAAAGGAAGGAGGGUACAGGGCACAAGUCAAAGUUUCCCCGGAGAUCUAUCAUUGCAACCAUGAAUGGGAUCAACAGAACCCAUUACCGGAGGACAGAAGACCAGAAUGUACCACAUGCAAAAGAGAUUUAACUUCCUAUUCAAAGGCCUUUUGCAACAAAUGUAAUGCUUUAACAUGCUCAUUAUGUGCUAAGCAUUAUUUCAAUCUCACGACGUUCAUCACCCGAAAAGCUCCGAUUCCUCAUAACCAACGGCUCCAUCCGUAGCUCGGAUUGGCCUAGAUGCUUGUGGUGUGAGUCUGAUAAAUUGCACAGCAUCAAAACCUUCAUAUUCACUCAUUGGAUAACAUGUGCGACAAAGUUUUGCCUUCUUUUUAUCCUUCUUCUUCCGGUCACUCAAUGGAUAUGAUGAUUCAGAAUCAGACUCUGGUGGCAUCAUUCUUUGUCGGUGUUGAUGUCCUGAUGGGUGUCUAGAUUCAGCAUCCGAAUCAGGCAGAUUUUGCCUGCGUCGUCUUUCUGCUAUUUCACCAGUUUCCGUUCGCCGUUGAAACUCUGAAUAACGGGUGGCCGCCUGGUCAAGAGUUUCUUUGAAAACAUUGGGUUGCUCUUCAAAGAAAAGAAUUGUCUCUUGUCGAUUUUGGGCUUCAUUCCGGAUGGAAUUGGUGUCAUCUUCAGAAUCCAUAACUUCAUUAUCAUUUUGAUCAUAAUGAACUGGAUCUGCUUGUUGAGCUGCAACAUAAUCUCCAAAUCGUAAACUGAAAUUUCCGCCUGGAAGAUUUCGAGAUACGGCAGUUGUUGGUUGUUGUGGAUGUAUCCGUCUAACUGGUGGGCGGAUAAUCCAAUUUCGUCCUCGAAGGAUAUCAGUGGAAACCUGUUCUCCAGGAAUUGCCUUUACACCGCGAGAUGUAAGAAAUUCAGUAACUCCUUGUAUUUCAUAAGCAAAACCAACAUUAGGAGUGUUGGAUAAUCUUCCCACUAAUCCUCGUGUGAUUAACAAAUUGGCUUCUCCUCCUUGCCAAUUCUCAUAGAGAAAAUAUCAAGGAUGCAUGCAAUAAUGCCGAGUACACUGUUAGCCUCAUCGACGCAUUAUUGGUGUCUUGAUGAUUCUCCACUGACACAACUUGACUACCAGGAUAUGACAGGUUCAUAACUCUGGUUCACACAAUUACAUUGCCAGAUUAUGACAGGUUCAUAAUUCAGGCACAUUAUUGCAAAAUAUCUAUAAUACGACAAACUGAUAUUAUUCCAACAGUUUACCCGUACUUCUUCCAAGGCCUGUGCUUCCAAAGCCUUUAUUGUUUCUGGGUGAUCUUGCUUGCCAGUCAUCUCUUUCAGCAUUUUGAAGAUCCUGUUAUUGGUAUCAGAGCUAGUUUUGUUAUGGCUAUUAUAGCGUAAACACUUAUCAGGGUAGUAAGGCCUCUGUUGUGAAUGAUUAUCAUACUUAAUUUAAUCAUUUUCUAUAUAAUUAUUGAAAUCAUUUUUCCAGGGCAAAGGUAACCGUAUAUUAACCAAGGCAAAGGUUAUUAAUGUUUCUAAAUUUAUAAAAAGGUAUAGUAUGAUUUCUGUAUUUAAAUUCUGAAGGCAGUAUAAUCCUUGAAGUAUAAGAAGCUGAAAGGUGGGAAGAUGUAUAUAGGGGAUAAUUGGUUCAGAAUCCCUUAUACAUAUAGUUUUCCCUUCUGCCUUGGAGGACGCAUUCAAAUGAUCAUCGGAUGUAAUUUUAUCCGAGCAAUGUAUGGCGGAGUCAGAAUUGAAGGUGAUAAUGUUACAUUCUACAAGAAUGUAAUAACAAUCCAGACUCGACAGACAGUGAACCUCCUAGAAGGACUUGAAGAAGAAGAAGACUUUUCGAUAGACCAUUAUUAUGAUCCCUCAACUGAGUGGAUAUUCCAUUCCGAAAAGAUCAGCCCUGGUUUUGAGCAGAAAUUCUCAGCAACAAUGGAGAAGCUCAAAAAUUAUGGAAUCAUAGGUGAUGAUCCUAUGAAAUACUGGUCCAGAAAUCAGAUCACCUGUAAACUUGAUCUGAAAAAUCCAGAUUUCACAAUCAAUGAUCGGCCAAUGAAGCAUGUCACCCCGUCAAUGAAAGAAAGCUUUUCAAAGCAUAUUGAGCAGCUUUUGCAACUCAAGGUGAUAAGAGCAAGUAAAAGUCGGCAUCGGACAACGGCGUUCAUUGUAAAUUCUGGCACUUAUAUUGAUCAUGUCACGAAGGAAGAAAAACGUGGCAAAGAACGCAUGGUGUGUAAUUACAAGCGAUUAAACGACAAUACACACAAGGAUCAAUAUAGUCUACCUGGGAUUAAUACUAUUAUGGCAAAAAUUGGCCAUAGUAAUAUUUACUCCAAGUUUGACCUAAAAAGUGGUUCUCCAAAUCGUAAACUGAAAUUUCCGCCUGGAAGAUUUCGAGAUACGGCAGUUGUUGGUUGUUGUGGAUGUAUCCGUCUAAUUGGUGGGCGGAUAAUCCAAUUUCGUCCUCGAAGGAUAUCAGUGGAAACCUGUUCUCCAGGAAUUGCCUUUACACCGCGAGAUGUAAGAAUUUUGACAAGAGAAAGUACUUGCAAAAAUCCAAGCAUUGUAAAUGCUACUUAUGUGGAGAAGAAGGACAUUAUGCACGAGAUUGCACGAAGGAGAAUCUCUUUUGCAUGUGGUACAUUCUGGUCUUCUGUCCUCCGGUAAUGGGUUCUGUUGAUCCCAUUCAUGGUUGCAAUGAUAGAUCUCCGGGGAAACUUUUAAAGGGACUGAAGAUUUUAUUGCAGUCUACAUUGACGACAUUCUUGUCUUCUCUCCAGAUGAAAGAUCUCACUCAAAGCAUAUCCAGACUAUGCUGGAACCUAUAUUUGUCUUUAUCAUUGGACUGUCAUUUAGAAGGCAUCUUGCUAAUGCCUUAUAUUACAUGAACUGCCGGCCUUAUGAACUGGUUAUUUAUGUUAAUUGUUUACUAAUUACUAAUGUUUGAGUUAUAUUUUUUGUUAUUAUGUCAAGUCUCUGUUCUGGUUGCAUUUUCUCUUAUUGGAAUUUUUUUGCUUUCUAUUUGUAUAGUGUGUAUGCUGUAAUAUAGGUUUGUUUAUACUCAGGAGGAUUUUGUUCUCUUGAAAAUUUAAUAUUGAUGGAAAUGAACUCUUUUUUUUACAUGCUUAAUUAGCUGCCUAGAUUAAGGUUCCAUGGUUACAUCUGAAUUUGAAUUUUGUGUUUACUUG